GGAAGAACCAGACACGUUCAAUUAUUCCCUGCCCACGUCUACUCCGCCACCAUGAGGAACCGGGCGACGACCACAUUGACCAAUCCGAAAAUCCGACAAUCAUGGAGCAAAUACAACCUAUUUAACCUGACGCGGAUGCGCACCCCCCAAACCUCCUUCCGCACCCACUUCCAGCAGAAAUUCAAAGCCAAGAGCAUCGCCCGCGCCUACCAUGGCGAACAGGUCCGCGAGAGCCAGUGGCAGCGCAUGUUCUCCUCCCGCAUCCGCAGCGUCAUCCCCAUGGAUCCCUACAACCUGGCCAAGGACGACGGCGCGGGGGCCGCUGCUGGCCGUGGCUCCGGCCUGGGGAACAAGAUCAGCCGGGCGGAGCUGAGCGUCCAGCAGGCGAAGCAGUAUAUUCCCUUUUCGCAGAUGACGUUUGCUCCGUUGGAGCGGCGGCUGGAUGUUGCUGUUUUUCGGGCCCUCUUUGCGAGCAGUACCCGCCAGGCUCGUCAGUUUGUGAUUCAUGGGGCGGUUACCGUUAAUGGGCAGAAGAUGAGAUACCCCGGUUACCUUUUGAACCCCGGAGACCUCUUCCAGGUCGACCCCGAACGCGUCAUGUUUGCCACCGGCGCCCCCAAGAACAAGUCCGAACGACGGGAAGGCCGUGCCCUGCGCAAGAAGAAGUCGGAAGGAGAGGAAGCCACCGAGGCCGAGGCCAAGGAGGAAGACAGCGCCGCGGCGGAGGAGUCCAAGGAGCCCGCGGAGGCUGAGGCCAAGGACCAGCCCAAGGAAGACCCCCGGAAGGUCUUGAAGGGGCUGAUGGCCCAGGCGAAGGGCAUCAUGUCCACCGGCCAGGAUGUCCUGCCCGCCAAGCGCAAGCAGGAGCUGCGCGGCUUCCAGAAGGCCGUGCGUCGAGUGCUGUCGCGCUCGGCCUCGAGCACCGUGCUCACUGACAACCUCGAGUCGCAGUUCGCCGAGCUGACCCAGCUGCUCAAGGCCAAGCGCGCCGAGAAGAAGAAGGGCGACCGCAAGGAAGGUAAGGAGGCCCGGUCACCCAAGUCCGAGGCAUCCGACGCCCAGAAGCAGCCCGGUGCGCCUCAGGGUGCCGCCGCCGCCGACGAGGCCCAACCCGGCGAGGCCCUGACCGAAGCCUUCCGACAGGCGGCCGAGAAUCCGGAGCAGGAGCCCGACACGUCGGAGCUGUCCGACGAGGAGUUCGACGUGCUCAAGCGCGCGAUGGUGCAGAUGCGCGACAACCCCAUCGAUCACAGCAAGCCGUACGGCACGCCGUGGCAGCCGCGCGAUUUCAUGAGCGCCUUCGCCUUCGUGCCGCGCUACCUCGAGGUCAACCACAGCAUCUGUGCGGCGGUUUACCUGCGCCAUCCUGUCGCGCGUCCCGGCGCGUCUGAAGUGCCGUCGCCGUUCGGCGAAGUGGUGGGUACGGGUGCGUUUGCGUGGUAUCUGCGCCGACGGUAGUUUCUUUCGAGUGGAUGGGUUGAUAUUUUCUUUAUUUCUCUCUCUGUAGACUUGGAUCUGCAGGUGCAUGUAUAACUGGGCUGUCUGGGUUUCUGUUUGAUUUUAUCUGUCUUUUCUUUUUCUUUUCGAGCAUCUGCGACGAUCGGAUGAUCUGGCGCUCUGACUGUCUAAUCCUAGACCCACGCUGUAUUGUAUACCAUAUCAAUGUACAUUGGAUGUCUC